AUGCUCUCAACUCCCUCAAACCCCGCCAUGCAAGCCUACAAGGUAUAUCAUCUCUCGCAAACCAAGCUCGAUAAGGAAUGCAGACGCCAAACCCCAGACUUGCACCGCAUUGUUCUGCAUGCCUCCAUAGUCGACAACGUGCGCCGCUGGUCUCGCGACCUGGCCACCCCAUCGGAGACCGUGCUCGUCGACUCCGAUUCGGACACGGACAGCGACCCUUUCGACGACUCGGCCUCCUCGGGAGAUGAAGCCGACGCUGACGAUGCCGUUGCUAUCUUCGAUAUCGAAGGCGACGACGACACCGUAAUCGUGGAGCAAACCCAGGCUUCGGGCAAAGUCACCUACCAGGUGCAACAUGUCGAGAACUCCAAGUCCUCGCCGGCGGCACCCAAACGCCGAGCUCCAGCGCCACCAACCAAGCACGAGCUGAAGGCCCAAGCCUGGAAGCAGAACCGUCGCGUCACCGUGCGGGAGACGGCCAUCGAAGUGGACAGCGAUGAUUGA